AUUGAGACCAAGACGCUUUCUCGCUUUCUCUCGAGCUUCGAGGAACUUCAGUCUUUAACCCAAAGCUACAAUCUAAAUACGAGGGACUGUUGCGCCCCGGAUAAAGUAUCUACAGGAGGUUACCCGCUCUACAAGACAGCUCCGGCAGGCCCGACACACUCCCAAUGGAUUACGUUGAGAACAGGAUGAAUCAGGAGGCCUCCAAGCCCGCCGCCGCCGAAGUGCAAAGCGUCGCCACGCCCGUAAACGCAAUCCUCUUUGCGCUCGCCCUCCUAAUCGCCUACUACAGCCUCCGACCCAAGUCCAAGCCCACACUGCCACCUGCCCCCGCCCCGACCGUCUUCCAGACCUUCACGCCGCCGACGCUUCUCCCCUACAACGGCACGAACAACAUGCCCGUGUACCUCGCAGUGCGCGGGCGUGUCUUCGAUGUUACGCCGGGCCGCAACUUCUACGGACCAGGAGGGCCCUACGAGAACUUUGCGGGCCGGGAUGCGAGCCGUGGGCUGGCGUUCGGAAGCUUUGACAAGGAGAUGCUGACGGAGGAUCUGCAGGGCCCUCUAGACAAGCUCGAGGAUCUGGGGCCGGAGGAGUGGGAGGCGCUCAAGGGCUGGGAGGAGAGGUUCGAGGAAAAGUACUUGGUGGUUGGGAAGCUGGUGGCGGUGGGUGAGGAGGGCACGAAGGCGAGCCAAUGA